AUGGCGAUUCGUUUAAGUGAAUAUGACAUAGCGUUUCGUUCCAGCAUACGCGACAUGACGAUUCGUUCCAGUGUACGUGACAUGGCGGUUCGUCUCGGCGUAUGCGACUUGGCGGUUCGUGCCUGUGUGCGCGAUAUGGUAAUUCAUUCCGGUGCACGUGACAUGGCGAUUCAUUCCAGUGUACGUAACAUGGCAAUUCAUUCUGGUGUACGUGACAUGGCGUUUUGUUCCAGUGAAAGUGAUAUGGCGAUUCGUUCCAGUGAACGUGACAUGGCAGUUCGUUCCAGCAUACACUACAUGACAGUUCGUUCCACUGUAUGUGACAUGGUGUUUCGUUCCGGCAUACGUGACAUGGCGAUUCGUACCUGUGUACGCGACAUGGCGAUUCGUACCUGUGUACGCGACAUGGCGGUUCGUCCCACUGUAUGUGGCAAGGUGAUUCAUUCUAGUGUGCGUAACAUGGCGGUUUCUUCCAGUGAAAGCGACAUGGCGAUUCGUUCCAGUGUAUUUGCCAUUGCGGUUCGUUCCAGCGUACGCAACACUGUGGUUCGUUCCAGUGUACGUGACAUGGCGUUUCGUUCCAGUAUAAGCGACAUGGCGAUUCGUUCCAGUGUACGUGGCAAGGAGGUUUGUUCCAGCAUGCGCAAGAUAGCGGUUCAUUCCAGUGCAUGCGACAUGGCGUUUUGUUCCGUUGUAGGUGACAUGGCAGUCCGUUUCGUCAUACGUGAAAUGGCGGUACGUUCCUGUGUACAACGACACGGUGAUUCAUUCCGGUGUACGUGA